AUGAGACCAAGCUCGAGUACUAGAUCAGACAGGAUUUCUGAAAAUGAGAGUGCUCAACCUGAUUCCAUGGUCUUGUUUGAGAAGUCAAUGCCAAACAAAGAUUCACAUUGCUCUAAUUCAGAGAUGAAAGGGAAAGGUGAUUUUCUUGCAAAGAAAAAUACAGCUGGAGGCUCUUCUUGCACUCCAAGAUUCCUAAAACAAACAGUUGAUCACGAGGUUAUUGAAAAUGCUAUAGCUCAUCAGAGAGCUACUGCAUUCAAGCUUGAUGACAACCCUUUUUUCAAGAUCUCAAUGAAGCCCUCUAAUAUCCAUAAAAGUAUUUUGUCUUUGCCAUCUGAAUUUUCCAAGAGACAUCUUAUUAAGCUGCCUGCUGGCAUUGCCACCCUUCAAGUUUCGAGUGGAAGAACUUCGUCUGUUAAAACUUGGUCUGUAAAAUUCAAGUAUGAUUUUGAGAACUCAAAAGCUCAAUUACUGAAUGGUUGGUCAGCAUUUGUAAGGGACAAUAAUUUGAAAGUUAGGGAUGUGUGUGGCUUUAUCCUUAUGGACCGCAUUGAACUUUUAUUCGAAGUUGCGCUUCCCAACGUAGAAGCUCCAAAUUUCCCCUCGCCACCAGGGGAAGGCAGAGGAGCAACAAUUCAAGUUGAAGAAAAGAGAAGCCCCAUAAUUAAAGUUGAAUCAGAAUGUGACAUGAAUUGUGAAAUUGGUCUAUCUAGCUCUCUUGCAAUUGUCAAGAAGCCAAUUAUUAGUGGACAGGUUACUCAUUGGCCUUCUUCAUCUUUGAGGGAUUCAAGGGUUAAUCUUGAAGCUGGCAACAAGUUCGUCCCCAAGAAUCCCUAUUUCUUAGUCACUCUUGGGUCACUCCAUAAAGAGAAGUCAAAUGUGUCUGUACCGGCUGCAUUUGUCAAGAGUUUCAUUAAGGAGGCGAAUCAAACCCUGAAGCUUCAGGUUAAAGAUAGAUCGUGGCCUGUAAAGGUGAUUCGCUUCGGCAAGAAUUCAGCCAAGUUUUCUGGUGGCUGGGCUGCAUUUGCUAAAGAAAACGGGUUAGAGAAAGGAGACGUUUGCAUAUUCGAGCUCAUGGAGAUCAAUGACAUUGUACUGAAAGUUCACAUUUUCAGAUGUCGAUUAAAAAUUUAAAUGAUUCUGAAAGAGGCGU